AAAACUGAAAUCUGUUUUUCCUUUUGUUUCGUAUUUAAUGCGAUUUACAAAAUAUUCCCAACGUAAUCAAAUAUUCUGGCCUAUUGCAAUACGAAAAUACUUUUUUCCAUUUCCGGCUCUGUGCAAUCCGCUAUUGAUUAUGUUAAUUAUCAACAAAACAUUGAUUCACUAAGGACGGCUCGCCAAAUGAGUUUUCAUUAAUUGAUAAGUUGAACUAAUCAAUACUAAACAACAGAUUAUUGUUUAGUAAGUUGUGCUCGUGAGAUCAACGAUUGCUUUCUAUCAAUUCUCAUGGUCUGGUCGAAAAGCUUGACGCCUGUUUUUGAAAUCAAAGACCGCACCGCUUUUGUGUUAAAUCACUAUUGUCUCAGUGGCGUAUCAAGUUGCUAUUUGUGUGUCGGACACCCCCCUGUGGGGUUUACAAGCAGGCGUCUCGUGAUUGCAUCUUGCCCACAGCUGUCAGACUCGGAGAAGUGAUCGAAACUGACAACUCAAAAGGAUGGCGGAUACCAGCAAGUUUGGUGAUUCAAAAGUCAAGACGAUGGAGACUAGAGCUAUGAGCCAGGAGAAGCAGGUGGUGCCGCCACAGGGGAUACCACCACAGGAGAAGCAGGGGAUACCACCACAGGAGAAGCAGGGGAUACCACCACAGGAGAAGCAGGGGAUACCACCACAGGAGAAGCAGGGGAUACCACCACAGGAGAAGCAGGGGAUACCACCACAGGAGAAGCAGGGGAUACCACCACAGGAGAAGCAGGGGAUACCACCACAGGAGAAGCAGGGGAUACCACCACAGGAGAAGCAGGGGAUACCACCACAGGAGAAGCAGGGGAUACCACCACAGGAGAAGCAAGUGGUGCCACCACAGGGGAUACCACCACAGGGAAAGCAAGUGGUGCCACCACAGGGGAUACCACCACAAGGGAAGCAAGUGUGGCCACAACAGGGGAUACCACCACAAGGGAAGCAAGUGUGGCCACAACAGGGGAUACCACCACAAGAGAAGCAAGUGUGGCCACAACAGGGGAUACCACCACAAGGGAAGCAAGUGUGGCCACAACAGGGGAUACCACCACAAGGGAAGUAAACGAUACCACCACAAUGAGCCGACGAUGUUUGGAUAGUUGGCUGAAUUUUUGUCUUUUUAUGUUUUCGUCGGUUUACGUUGCUUAAAGCACAUGUUCUUGUUGAUAAUUCUAGUUUAAAUAACCUAAAAUGUAGAUCUAACGUAAACUAGAAGAGUAAACCACCGAGGUGUUGUUUCUUGUAAACCUCUUUGUAGUGUUGAAAUGAAUGUAACUCAGUGUCUUUGAAAGGCCUUUCUUUGAUCGAAAUAAAGCUUAAA